UCUACUGAAUUUUAUUACAGAAUUACAGCUGACAUUUUGAAAGAAAUGGCGUCCUUCAAGAAAAUAAAUACUAAAGUAUUUGCAAGAUCAGGUUCUGAAUUAACUCCAGAUAUUAUAUAUUGGAAAAAAUAUAGUGCUCCUGUUUUAGUUAAGGAAUUUGGGCCAAUUGAUUAUAUUGAUUUUUCACCAGUAGAACCUCAUUAUUUUGCAGUCACUUGUUCAGUAAGAGUACAAGUGUAUAAUCCAAUUACAAAAUUAGUAACAAAAAAUCUUAGUAGAUUUAAAGAAGCUGCUUAUGGUGGAUCUUUUCGUAGUGAUGGCAAACUACUUUGUGCUGGUGGUGAAGAAGCUGUAAUUAGACUCUUUGAUGUCAAUGCAAAAAGUCUUCUUAGACUUUUCUCUGGACACAAAGCUGCUGUACAUAGAGCUUUCUUUACUGCGGAUAAUAUUCACAUUGCUUCAUUUUCUGAUGACAAAACUGUUAUUAUUUGGGAUAUACCUAGUGAAACACAAAUAAUAUCUUUUAAUGAACAUUCAGAUUAUAUCAGAGCUGGAGCAGUUAGUCCCAUUUCUAAUGAUAUAUUAUUAUCUGGUGGUUAUGAUAAACAUAUAUAUAUGUAUGAUACAAGAACAAGCAAAAAAAUUUUUAGUGUUAGUCAUGAAGCUCCUGUUGAAAGUUUAUUAUUUUUACCUUCUGGUGGAAUAUUUUUAUCUGCUGGAGGAACAGAAAUUAGGGUAUGGGAUGCGCUUGCUGGUGGCAGAUUACUUGCAAAAAUUACCCAACAUCAUAAAACUGUAACAUGCUUGAAAAUAGCUUCAAAUGGACAUAGAAUUUUAUCUGGUUCUCUAGAUAGACAUGUAAAAAUUUAUGAUUCUGGAACAUAUAAGACUGUUCAUUCUUUGGAUUAUCCAAAUUCUGUUCUUAGUAUAGGAAUUAGUUCAAAUGAUGAAACCAUAGUAGCUGGUAUGGUUGAUGGUUUAAUUUCUGUGAGAAGAAGAGAAGAAGAUGUAAAAACUGAAAAACCACAACGUAAAAAAGUAUCAUAUAGAUAUUCUGGAAAAAAUUUACAUAUACAUGAAGUAGAUGUUAUUGUAGAUGAAGAACUUAAAGAAAUUAUGUCUAAACAUGAUACUUAUUUAAGAAAAUUCGAAUAUUCAAAAGCUUUAGAUUCUGUAAUAGCGAGUUAUAUAAUAAAUAAAACACCACAUGUUACCGUUGCGCUCAUGCAAGAACUUAUCAGAAGGCAGGGUUUAAAACAAGCCCUUAGUGGUAGAGAUGGCAAGUCACUUGUAAAUAUUCUUAAGUUUUUAAACAAAUAUAUAGGAAAUAUUCGAUUUGGAAGAAUAUUAUUACAUGUAGCUAAUAUAUUAAUGGAUAUCUAUGAAGAUCAUUUAGAUGAACUUGCAGUAGAACCACGAAAAAUGUUCAGUACUUUAGCAGCAAAAUUAGAAGAAGAAGAAAAUUUAAUAUUAGCAUUAUCAGAAUUACAAGGAAAAUUGCAUAUGAUAUUAUCUGCUGCGGAAAUUGUACCUCCUACACCAAUAAAAGAUAUUCAAACUUUAGAACCUUCAAAUGCGGCACAAAAAAAUUUAAUUUUAAGUAUAGCAUGAAUAUAAUUUAAUAUAAAUUUGUGUAUAAAAAAUCUGUAUAUACUUUUCAUAAAUAUUUUUAUAAAAUUGAAUUAUGUUACAUAUUUUUAAUUCUAAAAAUGUUUAUUAUGGAUAUAAAUAUUUAAAAUACAAUAGACCAGAGAA